GGAACUGGCGUCAGUUGCUCACCUCCCACGGAACGGAACAGAACGGAACGCCGCGACGCAGCGGCGAGAUACAGUACACUUUAUCGCCAGCAAAAGCCAAACAUUCUGAACGCAGAUGCGAAUGCGGCCGUGGAUGCGGACUUCAGCUAGUUUGUUUACCCAUUUGCGUGCGACACUCGCCUUGGGCCAAGUUGGAGCCGUUUUCCAGUUUGCAUUAUUGUAAUUAGCCCGCCCGUCGGGACUGCGAAACGAAACGAAUAAAAAUAAAACGCAGAAUAAUUGCGCUGGAAAUAAUGUGCGCGGCUAAGAGCGCUAACGUAACGGCUAAAUAAUAGUAGAAAGUUUUAUUGUUAUCUUCUCUUCUGAGCCGCAGCUGCCAAAAGCCGAACGACCAUAGCAAAACUUCGAAUUUUGCGUGUGAACAGAAAAGAAAUCCGCUUUCGGCCCGUAUCUUUCGGCUUGUGCGGUUGUGUGUGCCUAGCUUACAGAAUUGGCAACGUUUAGACGCUGCUCAGUCAACAAACCCAUAUAAAUAAGAUACGCCGCAGCCAAAAUACAAACAGAACCAAAACAGCACCAAAAUGUCCGGCCCCCUGCCCGAAAUCAGCGAGGAGCAGCGUGCGAUAUUGGAGCAGUUCCGAAGGCAAAUGGAUGAUGCGCUGAUUGGAACCCACGACGACUACUUUUUGGUCCGCUGGCUGAGAGCUCGAAAGUGGAAUCUGGAGGCGGCGGAGAAAAUGCUGAGAGCUAGCUUGAAGACCCGCGCCAUGUGGAACGUGGACAACAUCGAGAAGUGGGACCCGCCCAAGGCGCUGCAGGAGUAUCUGCCCUACGGCCUCAUGGGCUACGACAACGAAGGAUCACCAGUGCUCGUAUGCCCCUUCGCCAACUUCGACAUGUGGGGCAUGAUGCACUGCGUCACGCGCUUUGAGUUCCAAAAGUACCUGGUGCUGCUGCUCGAGCGCUUCAUGAAGAUCGCCUACGAGCAGAGCCAAAAGCACGGCUGGCGAGCGCGCCAGCUGGUGGUGUUCUUCGACAUGCAGGACGUGAACCUGAAGCAGUACGCCUGGCGCCCGGCGGCGGAGUGCGUGAUCUCCACGGUGAAGCAGUACGAGGCCAACUUCCCGGAGCUGCUCAAGAUGUGCUACAUCAUCAACGCGCCCAAGCUCUUUUCGGUGGCCUUCAACAUUGUCAAGAAGUUCCUGGACGAGAACACCACCAGCAAGAUCGUGAUCUACAAGUCCGGCGUGGAUCGCUGGCAGCAGCAGCUCUUCUCGCACGUGAACCGAAAGGCCUUCCCGAAGGCCUGGGGCGGCGAGAUGGUGGACAGGAACGGCGAUCCCCAGUGCAAGGCCCUGAUGAUCUGGGGCGGCAAGCUGCCGGAGGAGCUAUACAUCGACCAGAACAGCCAGCAGAGCGACAGGGACUUCGUGGAGGCCCAGGUGGCCAAGGGGGACAAGUUGAAGCUGCACUUCAAGGUCAACAUGGACGAGCAGAAGAUCCUCUCCUGGGAGUUCCGCACCUUCGACUACGACAUCAAGUUCGGCAUCUACAGCGUGGACGACAAGACGGGCGAGAAGCGCAGCGAGGUGCCCCUGGGAACGGUGUACUCCAACGAGAUGGACGAGAUCGGCUACAUCUCCACGCGACCCAACACCACCUACACGGUGGUGUUCGACAACUCCGCCAGCUACUUGCGCAGCAAGAAGCUGCGCUACUGGGUGGACCUCAUCUCCGAGGAGGAGGAGGGCAUUUCCGAGCUGACCAGCCAAAUGGACGGCACUCAGAUUGCGAGUCAGCAGUGAGCGGGAACGAUUGUCCGCCAAGAAGGAACCAAGCCAAAAACCAACGGGAGUAGAUAGAAUACUAGGUAGGCGACAACACGAACUAACCUCGGUGCAAUAAAGUCACAAAGCACAUUGCCAGAUCUCCGCUGCCACCUGCUCCUCGGGAGUCGGCAUGGCAGCGUCUCUGGCGGAUCUGCAAUCAAACCAUGUGAUAGAAACAAGUUAGCAAAGGAACACAAAGUAUGACUCACACCUACGUUUAAAGUUAAUCCUUUUAUUACACACCUAGCCGCACUGUUAGUUAACAAUUAAUAAUCUUGGAUGUGU